CGUCGCCCGACGAGCACGACGGCACGUCUCGGUCGGUUCCUCUCCUCUGCCUCUCGCCUCGGUCCGGCGGCGGCGGGGGGAUCGGGGCGGCCGCGAGUCCGUCCCUGGUGCGGCGCAAGCGCGAGGUGUGUACUCUCUAGAACCCACUUACAGCUGGAGGCUCCUCGUCUCCUCGCGGCUUCUCUGCAACCGAUUCGCGCUGCCGCGCAAAUCGAAGAGAACGGAGAAGGAAUUCCGAAUUGCGGGAGUGGUUUGGUUUUUCGAGUAAUUCUGCUGGUUCGAAUCUCAAGAAAAUAUAGGGUUUAGAUACUGAUAGUUUUGUUUUUUUUUUACUUGAGUCUUAGGAGUGUGCUUCAAGUUUAAGAUGCCAUCAUUCAUUCCUUCAUGAUUCAUGAAUUCAUCAUAGCUAAGCUGAUCCUUUUUGACUGUGCAAUGGCAGCAAGCAUCCUAGGAUGAUAUGUGCCUUGCAUAUAUGUAUCAGAGGAGCUGCAUGGGCUGGAGCUUCCAAUGCACAGUGCGCCAUGGUGGCCUGCCAGUGUGGAGUCGACUUCUCAACGGGAUUUCAAGGUCGCUUGAAGGCACGUGGAUCCUUUGUUCCGGUUUUUCGUUCAUUGAUACUAACAUCUUCUUACUGCUGUUGGUUAUACAAUUACAAAUUUCAGAGUACUGAUCUGUUUCUCCUCUUUUUGAUUUUUUGAACGAACAUCCUCUUUUUGAUUUUAUGAUCAUUUCUUCUUCUUGAUUGCUAUCCCUUGUCUAGCUUUUGGCAAUUGAACUACUACUUCUUUGAAUCAUCUGUUAGAUGCUGGUUGUGGAAUCAGGAGGGCUGCGGCCUUCAUGGAGAAGAUGAAAAAGUGAGGGACAGAUCGAAUGGGCACUCAUGAUCAGAUACUGCUAACUUUGAGGUGGCCUAGCUGGCAGAGAAAUGAGAAAAGUAAUUAAAAAAACAGUACUAGACCAACCUAGGAGGAAGAGGAACUAGUUGGCUUUUAUAUUAAGAAGAAAAUAGAAACCCAAAUUCACCUUAACAAGGACUUAAACUUUGGUUGUCUGAGUGUACAUCCACAAUUCCACACGCACAACCAACUGAGCCAGGCUCAGUUCCUUGAGAGUUGGGAAAAGUAGCAGUUAACCACACUUAAUACAAGGGACACAGGUUCUCACGUUCUUGAAAAUGAUAAACAGAUUCUCUUGCUAGAUGAUACAGAAUCAGCAGCGACAGAUUUCAUCUGUUCCUCCAAAUUUCAUGUUAGUGCAUAUGUUUGGUUUUUUAACUUUACUGUAUUGCAAACGUAAAGGUGUUUUCCCUAGAGUCGGAGUAGGUGUGCAUCUUAAAAUAAACACCAUGAAAGAUGACUUUAUCAUAAUAUAAGAUAUAGCUCGAAUGAUAUUUACAGUUGUUCUUUUUUUUUUUUGAAAGAUCGUUUACAGUUGUUCUGAUCUUCUUGCUAUGUUAUCACAAUAUCAACACUGCAUUAUACCUUGUAGUACUUUAUCUUCAUUGAUUUAUUUGCGGUGCACCGUGCACCGUACUCUCAGUUGAUAGUUGCCUCAAACACCCUUGGUUAAGAUUUCAUGGCACGAGACUAUAAACUUGUUUAGCAAGGGCCCGUGCUUGUGAGCUGGAGCCUGGAGAAAACAACUUUCUCAUCAAUUAGCAUUUAGAGAAAUAAAAGUUCUGCAUGACAUCAGUUUGGUCUGCCUUUUGGACCAUGACAUACUGCCCGGUUCUACCCUUCUGCUUUGCAAAAAGCUAACUUGACUUCAUUUUUGUCUUAUUUUUUGGAUCAUGGCAUUCUGCCAUGAUUCUUUGUUUUGACACCGUCCAAGUGUAAGUCCACCCAUACUUUUGAGUCAUUCCUGCUUCUCUUUAGUUGUUAUAUACCUACAACAAUGGACAGGUACCUUAAUUUCAGGAACCACUACAAGGUGAUGCAAUCCAUCCCGCAAAUUGUUACAUUUAGUGCAUAGUACAGCUUAUAUUACAUUUGGUUGUCUCUGCAAUGCUUUCCCAUUAAGUCCUCGCACAAAGUUGGUUCGCAUAAAGUUUUCUUUUUUUAAACGAAUGGGCACAAGAUUGUGCCUAUUUCAUUGAUAGAGAAGGGAGUUACAACCGGCUAGCCGGUUAGAAUACAUGUGACUACACAAUUACUCUUUAGAUGAAAACAACGCUAAGUCCUUUGCCCUGCUAUUAUCCAUGCUCCGGCUUCUUCCUUUAUUUUUGCGACUAAUGCGAUGGUUGCCAUCUCCUCUCGAUUGAAUACACGCCUGUUCCGUUCCUUCCAAAUUUUCCAUAUUUUUUUCUCGAACGACGCAGGAGAGCUACGUGUCAUUUCAUUAAGAGAGAACAAAUUUCCCAUAUGAUGAGCAGUGCAAUGGAGCACAUUCCCUUCCUGGGGACUUCUAUUUUGGUGGUCAUGUUUAUCGCAUAUAGUUUUCAAAUGUUCUGGAUCAUGUAAGCUCGUUCUAUACCUGAGCUGUUUUGUUAUGCCUUUAUCUAUCAUUAAGAUAAAGUGUCAGUCCACUAACUGUUCCACUGGCUGGUAGAGUCUAUACUUGUGUUCAGGUGCACUAUCAAGCAUGGUGAAUGCAUUUGCAUUUACCUCUCCUUUAUCAUGAGUUCUUAGGUGUAUUUUACUGUAGAUGCAAUUCUCUUUCAAGGUCAAUGCAAGGAUUCUGUCCUCUGUUUUGGAAGCAUGUACCUAGGAAUUUAGGUUCCUGUAUCAUGUCGAUAUUUGACCAUGGAACUUCACAAUUAUUUCAAGAAACUAACAUAGGAAUAUGCUGUACAUGAACUGGAACCUUAGUACGAUGAGUCGAUUUCUCGAUGACUCGAUGAGUGAUGUUCUCAGAAGUACACAACUAUCUAAAUGAACAGAACUUCUGAUUUUGCGCGAGAUCAGUGCAAUACAGUUGUGGAACCACCGCAACUAGACAUUCUUUUUUUCUAAUUGCAUGACCCAUUUAAUCUCAUACCUAAUUUGCACUGUCAUCAAAUAAUCUAUUUCCAAUAGCAUAGCCAUGCAGUGAAAAGAAAAGCUAGUCUUUCUUGGGAAUCGUUAACAACCUUCUAAUUUCUGGUGAAGAUUGAAGCUGCUGGUGGACAAGCAACGAAUAUACUGCAUAAUUACGUUCAUAUCAGUGUAAAAUGUGCACACCCACCUCAAAAACAAAACUAAAGUGCAUAUGAUAAAAGCUGAUUAGGUCACAAAGUGGAGAAAGAUGGUUACAGCUAUACUAUAUGGAUACUUUUGGUUUAAUUGCUGCUUAGAGCGGAAAGAGAUCAAAGGACUCCAUUCCACUACCCAUAGAACCCGGGCACUGCUCUCGAGAUGUUCUCUAAAGAACAAUUAUCUUGGUUAAUUAAAUAAUGACUAAAUAUGUAUAGCUUCAGUGUGAAUUGACAACUUGCCAAUUUUAUAUUUGAGUUUCUAAUCAUUCCACUGUGCGUGCCAAAGAACUGAUUGAUUUGUGCAGUCUACAACUCUAUAUUUGUAUUUCUUGAAUUAGUAGGUUUACAGUGGAAAUUGUGAAAGGAUAAGGGCAACUGUUUCUUGCAAGCUAAUUGAUGGAAAAUAGGCCGAUUCACAAUCCAUUGGAGUGCAAUUUAUCACUAUCUGUCAUAUGACUUGUGAUUCUGGAUGAUACUGCUGAUAAAUUCUUCUAUUCAUGUCUUCAGGAAGCAAGCAUAUGAUUUGGAUUGGUGUUCAAUGAUGUUUAUAUUGAAGAUUUAUGAUCUUGCUGCUGCUCUGAAGUCUGAAGCUUAUUUUAUUUCUGGAAUUCUGCUUGUAAAAUGAGAAGGAUUUACCUGAUUAUAGUUCCUUGAGUUUGCAACUGUGAAGGCUUCUAUCGUUUUCAAGCAUGUCAAGGCUACAAAUCUGAAGAAGAAAAUAUGUAUUAACCCUGCUAUCUUCAUAUUGAACGGCAGCAUCACCAAUUUUGUAAUCCUUCUCAAAAGGACAAAAAGUUGGAAACUAGUUGCCACCCCCACUCCACGGCUCCUUUUGUUCAUCACUCGUCACCAGUUCAUCAAUCAAUGAGUAAACAUUGUUCCUCGGCCUAGUCAAUCAGAGCAUGCAAGUAGUAAGUCAUUGAUUUCAUGGAUUACUGAUGGUUCUACUUCGACUUUAAUCUCUGUACAUGUAAAACAACACGCCCUGCAACAGAAGUUCUACUUCCAAUGUAAAUCCCCUGCAAGUUCCAUUAUCUUCUACAGGAUCGGGAUCGGUAACGCAGCAGUGGUUACUCAAAACAGCUCAUUUACCAAUGGGAAUUUGGAAGUGCAGGAAGGUAGAUCUAGAUCUGUGUGCCUGCAAAAUUUCCUGCCCUUUUGCCAGUAUAUAUAUUUCAUCUGCUGGAUGGCGGCUUCCUCUACAUUAAUACCAAGUACAACGGAGCAGUAAUUAACAAAGCAUGUAACAGUGGAAAGGCAAGAUUAGAUCUAACCCAGGGCAUGUGACAGCGACUCCAUUGAGGGGUUUGGAUCCAAUCCUCCCAGUAUAAUCUGCCAAGGAACAGCCUCUGCCAUUGAGGUUUAUAUAAUUGUUACUGCAUGGAAUGAACUGGCUCUCAUUCACCUCUGUGCCAUGUGUUGCCACUGGGUCACCAGCUGUGAUGUCUCAUUUUAUUCUCCUUUUUAACUUUCAACUCUGGAGAUUCUUACUAUCACAGCAGUUCAAUUGUCACCCUGCAAUGAUUGUAAUUACAGUGCAGGGCUUACUGGUUGUUUAUGCCAUGACAUUAAAGCAAUAGCUAUAUUUGUUGCGUUAAUUAACAGUGGAUGAUCAACAAAGUUUCAAGAGAAAUUGUGUUCAUAUGCAUUCAAAAUUUCAAAUAAAAGGAACAUGAAUGUGGUAGUAUUUUAUCUUCUGGCAUGAAUGAAACUCGUCUGAACCUGCCUCCUUGUUUAGCUGAACGAUUUUUCUUUUCUUUGUUCUGCAAAUUUUACUAACUCUUCUGAAUUCUAAAGUUUGCAGUUAGUGGGUAUGCUCAAGGUAUGUUGCAAGCAAUACUGCAGAAGUCCACUGAUCGAUGUAUCCUUUUAUUGCAUCCCCAUUUCUUUCAAGUCUCCGUUCUUGUCAUUCUUUUGUUCUUGAACUUCAAUUGUGACCCUGUAAAGCUUAAAACUGCAACCAAGUCCUUGCUUGCUGUCAAAAAAUGCUUCUCUAACCGCCUGUUAGUUUAUCUUAUCUCCCGUGACACACAGGCUUUCCAUGAAGUUACUUAACUGUCUGCCUGAUCUGAUGCCGCCGGUGUGGUUCUGCUCUGAGGUGAGGCGCACCAUCUUUUCCUCUGAGCAUCAAGGCUGUUGCCGCCAUUAAAAAAACUGUCUUGCAAAGCAAUUAGUCAUUGGUGCGUAUGAUCCCUACCAAAUUUUUUAAAAACCUAACCCUCCAAUCCUACCAGUAACCUAGCAUUUAGCACCAGUAAUUACCCUGCGCUAGAGGCCACAAAGAUGGACAGAGGUGUAUUCAGUGUUCAGCACUGACCUUGGAUCCAGAGAUUCUGCAGGCACACAAACACAGCUCCAUUUCUCCAUGACCUCAUCAAACUCUACACUACAAUACACCCUUUUCCUACCCCUCUCAACUAUAGCCUAUUUAGAUCUCACUUUCUUGUUCUUACUGCUAACCUUUGGCCUCCUUCUUCCCCAGCAACUACAAGCAUAUAAAAACCUUGCACCAUCUCUCAUGGCCUCUCUUUCUCUCUCUUCGUCUUCCUCCCCUGUUUGUACUAGUCUUGCGACAUAAGCAAGACCAAGAUUUGGGGGGCAAUUAGCAGUAGUACGUUACAGUUCUACAGAAUUAUCGUGUUCUUGGUCAUACACUUACAAUUCAGUACAGGUGUGCGUGUUUGUGUAUGGGUCUUGGCGUUAUGAUGAGUAGGAGAAGCAAAUGGCGGGCGGCGGAGGCGGCGCUGCCCAUGGCGUGCGCGUGGCUGCUGCUGUGCGUGGGCUGCGCCGUCGCCGUGGACGAGCAGGGCGCGGCGCUGCUGGCGUGGAAGGCCACGCUGCGGGGCGGCGACGCGCUGGCCGACUGGAAGCCGAGCGACGCGUCGCCGUGCCCGUGGACCGGCGUGGCGUGCGACGCCAACGGGGGCGUCACGGAGCUCAGCCUGCAGUUCGUCGACCUCUUCGGCGGCGUUCCGGCCAACCUCACCGCCCUGGGCGCCACGCUGUCCCGGCUCGUCCUCACCGGCGCGAACCUGACGGGGCCUAUCCCGCCGGCGCUCGGAGAGCUGCCGGCGCUAGCGCACCUCGACCUCAGCAACAAUGCGCUGACGGGGCCGAUACCGGCGGGGCUGUGCCGGCAGGGGAGCAAGCUCGAGACGCUGUACCUCAACUCCAACCGCCUGGAGGGCGCCCUCCCGGACGCCAUCGGCAACCUCACGGCUCUCCGUGAGCUCAUCAUCUACGACAACCAGCUCGCCGGCAGGAUACCGGCGGCCAUCGGGCGGAUGGCCAGCCUCGAGGUGCUCCGCGGCGGCGGCAACAAGAACCUCCAGGGCGCGCUCCCCACGGAGAUCGGCAACUGCUCCCGGCUCACCAUGAUCGGCCUCGCCGAGACCAGCAUCACCGGGCCGCUGCCGGCGAGCCUCGGCCGCCUCAAGAACCUCACCACGCUGGCCAUCUACACGGCGCUGCUCUCUGGGCCGAUACCGCCGGAGCUCGGCCAGUGCACAAGCCUCGAGAACAUCUACCUCUACGAGAACGCGCUGUCCGGGUCCAUCCCGGCACAGCUCGGCGGGCUCAGGAAGCUCACCAACCUGCUACUGUGGCAGAACCAGCUCGUCGGUAUCAUCCCGCCGGAGCUCGGGUCGUGUCCCGGGCUCACCGUGGUGGACCUGUCGCUCAACGGGCUCACCGGCCACAUCCCGGCGUCGUUCGGUAACCUGUCGUCGCUGCAGCAGCUGCAGCUCAGCGUGAACAAGAUCUCCGGCACGGUGCCGCCGGAGCUCGCCCGGUGCACCAACCUCACCGACCUCGAGCUCGACAACAACCAGCUCACCGGCAGCAUCCCCGCAGUGCUCGGCGGCCUCCCGUCGCUGCGCAUGCUCUACCUCUGGGCCAACCAGCUGACGGGCACCAUCCCGCCGGAGCUCGGCCGGUGUGAGAGCCUCGAAGCGCUCGACCUGUCCAACAACGCGCUGACGGGGCCCAUCCCGCGGUCGCUCUUCGGGCUGCCGCGGCUGUCCAAACUGCUGCUCAUCAACAACAACCUGUCCGGCGAGUUGCCGCCGGAGAUCGGCAACUGCACGUCCCUCGUCCGGUUCCGGGUGAGCGGCAACCACAUCGCCGGCGCCAUACCGGCCGAGAUAGGCAAGCUUGGGAAUCUCAGCUUCCUUGAUCUCGGUUCGAACCGGCUGUCCAGCGCUCUGCCGGCGGAGAUAUCCGGGUGCCGGAAUCUCACCUUCGUCGACCUCCACGACAAUGCUAUCGCCGGCGAGCUGCCGCCGGGGCUGUUCCAGGACUUGCUCUCGCUCCAAUACCUCGACCUCUCCUACAACGUCAUCGGCGGCACUCUCCCUUCGGACAUCGGCAUGCUCACCUCGCUCACGAAGCUCAUUCUCAGCGGCAACCGGCUGUCUGGGCCGGUACCACCGGAGAUUGGUUCGUGCACCCGGCUCCAGCUCCUCGACGUCGGCGGCAAUUCACUUUCCGGCAAGAUUCCUGGUAGCAUCGGCAAGAUCCCGGGGUUGGAGAUCGCUCUGAACCUCAGCUGCAACAGCUUCACCGGCACAAUCCCGUCAGAGUUCGCCGGGCUUGUGAGGCUCGGGGUGCUCGACGUGUCACACAACCAGCUCUCUGGUGAUCUCCAGACGCUCUCCGCCCUCCAGAACCUCGUGGCGCUCAACAUAUCCUUCAACGGCUUCACCGGCCGGUUGCCGGAGACGGCGUUCUUCGCGAAGCUGCCCACGAGCGACGUCGAGGGCAACCCGGCGCUGUGCCUCUCCCGGUGCGCGGGCGACGCCGGCGACCGCGAGCGCGACGCGCGCCGCGCCGCUCGCGUCGCGAUGGCCGUGCUGCUGUCCGCCCUCGCCGUCCUCCUCGUGGCCGCGGCGCUCAUUCUCUUCGGCCGGCGCCGGCGCGCCGUGCGGGCCGGCGGCGAGGACAAGGACGGCGGCGAGAUGUCGCCACCGUGGAACGUGACGCUGUACCAGAAGCUGGAGAUCGGCGUCGCGGACGUUGCGCGCAGCCUGACGCCGGCGAACGUCAUCGGGCAGGGGUGGUCCGGCGCGGUGUACCGCGCGAGCCUCCCGUCGAGCGGCGUCACCGUCGCCGUCAAGAGGUUCCGGUCAUGCGACGAGGCGUCCGCGGAGGCGUUCGCGUGCGAGGUCGGCGUGCUGCCCCGGGUGCGCCACCGCAACAUCGUCCGGCUGCUUGGGUGGGCGGCCAACCGCCGCACGCGCCUCCUGUUCUACGACUACCUCCCGAACGGCACCCUGGGGGGCCUGCUCCACGGCGGUAGCGCCGGCGGCACCCCCGUGGUGGAGUGGGAGGUGCGGCUGGCGAUCGCCGUCGGCGUCGCCGAGGGCCUCGCGUACCUCCACCACGACUGCGUGCCGGGCAUUAUCCACCGCGACGUCAAGGCCGAGAACAUCCUUCUCGGGGAGCGCUACGAGGCGUGCCUCGCCGACUUCGGCCUGGCCAGGUUCGCCGACGAGGGCGCCAACUCGUCGCCGCCGCCGUUCGCCGGAUCCUACGGCUACAUCGCUCCGGAGUACGGGUGCAUGACCAAGAUCACGACGAAGAGCGACGUGUACAGCUUCGGCGUGGUGCUGCUGGAGAUGAUCACCGGGCGGCGGCCGCUGGACCCGUCGUUCGGCGAGGGGCAGAGCGUGGUGCAGUGGGUGCGGGACCACCUCUGCCGGAAGCGGGAGCCCAUGGAGGUCAUCGACGCGAGGCUGCAGGGCCGACCGGACGCGCAGGUGCAGGAGAUGCUGCAGGCCCUAGGCAUCGCGCUGCUCUGCGCCAGCCCGCGGCCCGAGGACCGGCCGAUGAUGAAGGACGUGGCGGCGCUGCUGCGCGGCAUCCAGCACGACGACGGCAUCGAGGCACGGAAAGCCGGAGGCGGCGGCGGAGCGGAAGCAGAGGCGGGAGUGGGGAAAUGGGCCGACCCGAAGCAGCCCAUUUCGCCGACGAAGUUGAUGGCUUUGGCCCAGCCAGCCCAAGCUCAAGCCCAGGCCCGGGAAAGUUCAGGGUCACAGAGCCUGCUCAAGAACCGGGAGGGAUGAUCUGGACAGAUGGGGCCCGCUAGCAGUGUGCGGAGUUGACUAAACGAGGGUGUACACACCUCGGGGGACCCUAGAAAAGAUGGAUCGCCGGUCAGAUAUUGUUGCGCUCUGUUUGAGAGUAUUAGGGCUGCGUCGUUUUGCUAGGUGUACCCUAGUGUUUGUGGGUACUAAAUGGAAUCUUUGUGGUAGGGAAUUUAGUGAUAUAGGUGAUCCAUAGAGGUGGGGUCAUGAGUCAUGGAAAAAGCUAAUAAUGUUCUGUACCAUAAAUCCGGCAUAGUGCAAUGGAGGUUAGUGUAAAUUAUAUGAUUGAUAAUAAUGCAUCUGUGAUCAAUGAAGAUGUUUGCCAAA